CUCUCCUUCGCCCUCGCCCUGACUAGAGCGGUUGUAGGGCUUCUCUGACGUGUUUGUAUCUACCACCGGCGAAAUCACCGUCGCCAUCCGCUGUAUUACAUCAUCGGAGAUAGGCUCAGAGGGCGUUCUAAGGUUUUCGUUUUCUAUUCGUGUUCACUGUGAGAUCUGCUGAACAGACCCUGCGUGUGUACGUACACCUGAUUUUCGUGGAGGAAAGAGAAACCUAGGGCUAGGGUUUUGAUGCGUUGUUGCGGAUUGAGAACAAGGUUUGCGGGUUGGAUUAUUCGAUUAUGGCCAACAACCAUGGCGGUUCUGGAUCCAAGUUUGUGUCUGUAAAUUUGAAUAAAUUAUAUGGGCAGCCUUCUCAUCAUAAUUAUCCACCUCAUAGUGGCCCUUAUGGACCGGGUGUUGGAACAAACCGAGCCCGACCUGGUGGGCAUGCUAGUGCGGGAGGUGGGAUGGUUGUUCUAUCUCGAAACCGUCCUUUGCAGAAGGCUGUGCCGAAAUUAUCUGUUCCACCCCCCUUGAACUUGCCUUCACUGAGAAAAGAAUAUGAGAAAAUUGAUUCAUCAGGGUCUGGGGGCGGGGUGGCAGGUGGUGCUGGUUCGGGGAUUGGUACAAGACCAACUUCUUCAGGUAUGGGCUGGACCAAACCUGGAAAUGUUGCUUUGCAGGAGAAGGAAGUUAGUGGUGAUACUCAGGUUUCAGAGAGUGUGAAUUAUACUGAAGGUGUAGCUACCAAGGGAAGUGGCACUUAUAUGCCUCCUUCAGCUAGGUUUGGUGGGGGACUUGGACAUGGAGAUACGGUCUCAGCUCAUCAUUCGAAUGUAGCUUCUCUAGGGAAAGCUGUGGUGUUGAGGGGAGAAGAUUUUCCAUCUCUACGGGCUGCCUUGCCUUCCUCAACUGGGCCUGCACAAAAACAGAAGGAAGGAUCUUUCCAAAAGCUGAAGCAAUUAGUUAGUGAGGAGUCAUCCAAUGAUCUAAGAAACAGUUCUAAUUUCAGUUCACCAGCUCACAUCCAAUCAUCCCAUCGCAUUGCAAAUGGUGUGAAUGAAAAUGGUGGGCAGAGUCCAAGAUCAAGCAGUGCACGCGUGGAUCACGCUCAGAAGCAAGAGGACCCACUGCCACUUUUAUGGUUGAAUCCAAGGUCUGAUUGGGCUGAUGAUGAGCGAGAUACAGGUCAUGGGUUUUCUGGCAGGAGUGGCAGAGAUCAUGAGUUGCCAAAAAGUGAAAUAUAUUGGGAUCGAGAUUUUGAUGUGCCCAGGAGCAGCAUUUUGCCUCACAAACCACCCAAUAGUCUAUCUGAAAGGCGUGGUCAGCACAUUGGUAACGUUUCUAAGGGUUCUACCUCUGAGGUCCAUAAACCUGAGCCUUACCGGAGAGAACCAAAUUUGUAUAGCAGGGAAGACAGGGAAAGCAACACUUGGAGGAAUUCUUCUAUUCACAAAGAUAAACCUGCUGCAGCGCAAGUUAUAAAUGACGGAAACAAUAUCACUGUGCCAGAUAGCCUUAGCAACAGCAGAUACAUGUCAUCUUUGGGAGACAAUGCUCAGCAUGGUGUGGGAACUGGAAACCGGGACCCUGCAUAUGUGAGAAGGGAUGCUGGGCAAGGGAGACAAGGGGGACAGUGGCACUGGAAUCAUUCGGUGGAAUCCCCUAGAUACAGGGGUGAAGGUUACCAGAAUUCUGCAGGGUCGAGAUCAGCUUUUCCCUUAGCUAGUAAGGGGCAUUCCAUAAAUGACCAAGCUCUGAAUUUUGGCAGGGAGAAGUCUUCAUUUUCAAAGAGUGAACGGACUUACCUUGAUGAUCCUUAUCAGAAAGAUUUCAGUUCCAGCGUUUAUGAUGAGAGAGAUCCAUUUACUGGAAACCUAGCUGGAGUUGUGAAGAGGAAGAAGGAUGUGAUUAAACCGACAGAUUUCCAUGAUCCUGUCAGGGAGUCCUUCGAGGCUGAACUUGAGAGAGUUCAGAAGAUGCAAGAGAUGGAACGACAGAGGAUCGUUGAAGAACAAGAAAGAGCUUUGGAACAAGCACGGAGAGAGGAUGAAGAGAGACGGAGGGUAAUUAUGGAGGAAGAAGAAAGGCGGAGACGGAUGGAAGAAGAAGCUCGAGAAGCUGCCUGGAGAGCAGAGCAAGAGAGAUUGGAGGCCAUUCAGAAAGCUGAAGAGCAGAAGAUUGCUCGAGAAGAGGAAAAAAGGAGGAUGCUUCUUGAGGAAGAGAGGAGGAAACAAGCUGCAAAGCAGAAACUUCUAGAAUUGGAGGCUAGAAUAGCAAAGAGGGAGGCUGAAGUUGGAAAGAGUGGUACUAGUGUCCAUACUGCUGCAGACGAGGAAGUUCCAGUUGGCGGAAAAGACAGUGAUGUGUCUGUGGAUUCAGAUCUUGAUAACUGGGAAGUUAGCCAGAGAAUGGUCGAGAGAAUAACAACUUCGGCAAGUUCUGAUUCAUCUGCAAUGGACAGGCCCUUUGACCGGCCUCAAUUUUCUAGAGAUGUUUCAUCUAGCUUUAUGGACAGAGGAAAACCUGUUAAUCCUUGGAAAAGAGAUGCAUUUGAAGUUGGAAGCAACUCAUCUUUCCUACUCAAUGACCAGGAUAAUGGUCAUCAUAGUCCCAGGCGAGAAGCAUCAAUUGGUGGGAGAUGUUUUCCUAGGAAAGAAUUUUAUGGAGGAGGUGGGUAUAUGCCUUCAAGAUCUCCUUUCCGAGGGGGGAUGCAAGAUCCUGAUACUGAUGGAUUCCCUCAUCUAGGAGAUCGAGAUCACAGGUGGAACUCUUUUGGAGACGGAGAACCUUAUGGCAGAAAUAGGGAUAUUGAGUCAGAAUUUUAUGACAAUGUUGCUGAGAAAUAUGGCGAAGUUGGGUGGGGACAGGGGCAUUCUCGUGGCAAUGCUCGUUCUCCUUACUCAGAGCGGUUGUAUAUGAAUUCUGAAUCAGAUAAGCUUUAUUCCUACGGGAGGUCACGGUAUUCCAUGAAGCAGCCUCGUGUGCUCCCCCCUCCCUCACUAGCAUCCGUGCCCAAAUCCUCUGUGAGAGGGGAGAAUGAACUCUCUGCUCCUUCAAGUUCUCUAGAAUCUACUGCAAGGACUCAGAAUUAUGGAGGUCCUCAGGAAGGGCAUGAACAAACUGAUAUUGUUGAUGUUCAACAAGAAAUUAUGGCACAGAAGCUGGACAAGAAUGACACACUAAGGUGUGACUCACAGUCAUCUCUCUCAGUCUCCAGUCCCCCUAGCUCUCCAACACAUCUCUCUCAUGAUGAGCUGGAUGAUUCUGCUGGUUCAGUUAUACCCACUGCAGCUGAAGGGAAGGAGACUCAUGAACAUGAAGUCGUGAAUGAUGAACCUGGAGAAGUGACUACAAUGGCGGCGUCGAAGUCUGUCUCAGUUGAUGAGGAUGAAGAAUGGAGUCUUGAGAACCAUGAUGAGAUGCAGGAACAAGAAGAGUAUGAUGAAGAUGAUGAUGGUUAUGGUGAAGAAGAUGAAGUGCAUGAAGGACCUGAUGAAAACAUCAAUCUGACACAGGAAUUUGAGCAUAUGCAUCUUGAGGAGAAAAGCACAACUAAUGUGAUGGACAAUUUAGUCUUAGGCUUCAAUGAGGGUGUUGAAGUUGGAAUUCCUGGUGAUGAGUUUGAGAGAGAUUUGAAGACAGAUGGGAAUAUGAUUGAGAUGGCAGAAGUUCCUGUUGGUGUAGAAACGCAGGGAUCAGUUGAUGCAGUGAUUCAUGAACCUGAAAAGAUAACGGAGUAUUCAGUUGUCCAGCCCCAAACUGCUCAGAAAUCGACUUCUUGUAGUCUCUUGGGCGAUUCGUCCGUUAGUUCUUGCCCUUCUGUUCUGCACACAAUCCCUUCAUCAGUUGAGAUGGCAUCAAGUACUUCUUCUGGCCAGUCCACCAUGCCUGCAUUAUCUUCUGUUCCAAGCCAAGCUGAUUUACCAGUUAAACUCCAGUUUGGGUUGUUUUCUGGCCCUUCUCUCAUACCGUCUCCCGUUCCAGCCAUACAAAUUGGUUCUAUACAGAUGCCUCUCCAUCUUCACCCACCUGUUGGUCCAUCCAUGGGCCACAUGCACCAGUCACAACCUCCCUUGUUCCAGUUUGGUCAGCUGAGAUAUACAUCUCCUGUUUCCCAGGGGAUUCUUCCGAUGACUCCGCAGCCAAUAUCUCUUGUUCAGCCAAACAUACACCACACCCAUUUCAAUCUGAAUCAGAAUUCAGGUAGUUCUCUGCCUAAUCAGUUUUGUCAAGAAAAUUUUGGCAUUAACAUGAAAAAGGAUGGUGGUUCGGCUAGUAUCCUGAAUAACCAAUCUGGCAAUGUUUCAGCGAUGCCGGAUCUACCUCAUGAGAAUUGGUCAAGGGGCAUGACUGCAAGAGGGAAUGCAGAAUACAACGAUAUGGUACGUAACAGUCAAAGUGAUCUUUCCCAUUCUGCUGAUAACAGAAUUGGAUCUAAACCAGUUGAGGAGAAGGGGCAUGAUGCGACUGAUAAUGGUUCUGAGGCUCGGUUGCAAUUUGCACCUGCAUCAUCUCGGGGCCUUUCUGGUGAAAAAGACGUGUCCAUGUCAAAGGCUCCAGGUCCUUCAUCUGCUAAUAGGGGGAAGAGAACUCCCUACCCGGCUAGAAAUUCUGGCCCAAGAUCAUUUCAAGCUUACGAGGCUUCUCCCUCGGGUUCUAAUGAGUUUCAGAGGAAACAUCGACGUCCAAUCCAGCGAACGGAGUUUCGAGUUCGGGAUAAUGCUGAUAGGAGGCAGCCGUUGGGAAUGGGUUCUUCCAAUAGCUCUGGGUUGGAUGACAAGUUAAGCAAUAAAGGUGUGGGAAAUUCUACAAGAAGUGGGUAUAGGCGUCAUAUGGUGUCCACUAAAUCAUUGAAGCGGGUUGUACCUGAUGCUUCAGCUGCAGGUUUAAGUGGUUCUCAGGAGAUAACCUCUGAAAGCGGGCCAGGGAAAGGAACUGCAAGACUAACACCAACUAAGACUCGGGCCUCGUCAUCCACUGUGGAAGGCAACCUAAAAAGGAACAUUCCCGAAGAGGAUGUUGAUGCUCCCUUGCAAAGUGGUGUUGUACGUGUUUUUAAGCAACCUGGCAUAGAAUGCCCAAGUGAUGAAGAUGACUUCAUAGAGGUCAGGUCAAAACGGCAGAUGUUGAAUGAUCGGCGUGAACAGAGAGAAAAAGAAAUCAAGGCAAAAUCACGGGUUACAAAGCAACCUCGAAAGACUCGAUCUUCUGUUCAAGGUCCUAUAGUCUCCACCGGUCCAAAUAAAAUCUCCGUGUCAAUGGUUGGUGAAGCAUCAAACAUCCGUUCUGAUUUUGUUGGUUCUGAGGGGCGCAGCUUGGUGAACAAGGAACUGUCCACCGAGUAUUCAACAAUGGCUUCUCAACCAAUGGCUCCAAUCGGCACUCCCUCAGCUGAUACUGAUGUUCAGACUGGGAUAAGAUCGCAUACUAGCAAGACUCUCCAAAGAGGAUCUGUAUCUGCAAUAUCUGGUGCAGUUGAAGACCUUGGUUCAAAUCUCAUGUUUGAGACUGAAAAUAAGGUUACUGAUAAUGUGCAAACAUCCUUGGGCGACUGGGGUAAUGCACGGAUGGAUCAACAGGUUAUUCCUUUAACUCAGACUCAACUUGAUGAGGCUAUGAAGCCUGCACGAUUCAGUACAACACAUGUAACAUCUAUUGGUGAUCAUAGCACCUUGGUUAGUGAACCCAUUUUGACAUCGUCAUUAAUAUCGACAAAGGGAAAAUCAAUUUCAUCCUCCUCAAGCCCAAUCAACUCUCUGCUUGCUGGUGAAAAAAUUCAGUUUGACUCAGGUGCAGUCACCUCGCCAACAGUACUUCCUCCUAGUAGCCGUGUUGUUUCACAUGGGAUUGGGGCUCCUGGGUCCUUCCGUCCUGACAUGGCCCAAAGUAUUUCGAAAGCAGAAAGUGAUCGUAAUCUAUUUUUCAAGAAAGAUGAGCACGCCAGUGAAUCUUGUGUUCUGACGGAAGAUUGUGAGGCUGAAGUUGAAGCAGCUGCUUCAGCCGUUGCUGUGGCUGCCAUUGAUACGGAUGAGAUCGUUGGCAAUGGGAUGGGACCCGUCUCAGUUUCAGGCACGAAAACUUUUGGAGGUGCAGUUGAAGAUAUCCCAGGAGGAUUGGGUGGGGAUCAACAAUCGGGAAGUCAAUCUAAGCCUGAGGAAUCUCUUAGUGUAUCACUUCCUGCUGAUCUCUCUGUUGAAACUCCGCCGAUAUCUUUAUGGCCGCCACUACCGAGUCCUCAGAGCUCAUCAACUCAGAUGCUUUCUCAUUUCCAUGGAGCUGCACCUUCUCAUUUUCCCUUCUACGAGAUGAAUCAUCCCAUGAUGAGUGGUCCAGUCUUUGCGUUUGGCCCACAUGACGAAUCUGGUGGGACCCAGUCUCAAUCCCAAAAGAGUACAGGGUCAGGUUCAAGGCAUAUUGGAGCCUGGCAAAACCAUUCUGGCAUGGACUCGUUUUAUGGCCCUCCUGCUGGAUUCACUGGCCCCUUCAUCGGUUCACCUGGAGGUAUUCCAGGUGUGCAAGCCCCACCACAUAUGGUGGUUUAUAACCAUUAUGCUCCGGUUGGUCAGUUUGGGCAGGUUGGAUUGAGCUUUAUGGGUGCCACAUAUAUCCCAUCUGGAAAACAACCCGACUGGAAGCAUGAUCCAACAUCUUCUGCCCGUGAAGAAGACAUGAAUUCUAUGAAUAUGGUUUCUGGACAGCGCAAUCCUCCUAACAUGUCCGGUCCCAUCCAGCAUCUUGCUCCUGGCUCUCCCCUAUUGCCGAUGGGUUCCCCUUUAACCAUGUUUGACGUGCCUCCAUUUCAGACUGCACCAGACAUGUCAGUCCAAGCUCGCUGGUCUCACGUACCUGCAUCACCUCUUCAUGCGGUUCCUAUGUCACUGCCAUUACAGCAGCAAGCAGAAGCGAUGACAGCGCCUACCCCUUUCAGCAGCCAUGGAGGACACCCUGUUGACCAAUCAUCAUUCCCCCCAAAUAGAUUUUCCGAACCUCAAACUUCAACUCCAUCGGACAGCAACGGGAUGGUGUUUCCUGUUAGAGAUUCAACCAUGAACCAGUUUCCUGAUGAACUUGGGUUGGUAGACUCAUCCGGCCCAUCCAUUUCUACCACGUCUGCUCCAAUCACUGUCAGCCAUAUCUCUUCAGGAAGCACAAAGACCGCUGAUGCUGUUCAGAGAGGUGGCAUUAGCAUUGGCAUCAACAAUAACAACAUUGAGACCACGAAUGCAUUCAAGAACCAACACCAUCAACAGGGUAAGAAUCAACAGUACAAUCAUCCUGGUGGUGGUUAUGGGUAUCAAAGAGGUGGAGGGGUGUCUCCAAAGAACAAAACCAUGGGUCAGUGGUCCCAUCGUAGGACGGGGUUCCACGGAAGGUAUCAGUCCAUGGGACCAGAGAAGGGUUUCCCAUCUUCAACAAAAGUGAAGCAGAUUUAUGUGGCGAAACAACCGGCUUCAGGUGGGUCAUCUUCGACCGUGGGAUGAGCGGAAGAGGUGGUUAAUUGGUUUGGACAUGAAACCUGGAAUGCCUUUCUUCUGGGAGUUUGUUUGUUUUUUUGUAUCUCUUUUUGGGUUUGUUUUGGCAGAAGAGGGAUUUGAUUGAUAGAUAAGUUGGAUGGGUUUAUGUAGAAGGUUUAGUACAACUCUUCUGGAGUCUUUUUAAAGUUGCAGGGUUUAGGAGAUUAUGAUGAUGUAAAACCAGAACCAUGAUUAUUCGUUUUUUGGGUGUUUCAUGUAUCCAAAUUAUGUCCAAAACCCUGCCUGGAAAUAAUACUUCUUUUUUAAUCC